GCACGAAUUUAUAAGUGCAUUACUAGAAAGCAGGCGCGGACGGCAGCGCGCGCGCUGAGGGCGGAGUCCCCGCCUCAUUUAGCACACGAACGCGAAAACACGUCUCAGCUGUAGCUCGUGGUAGAAGGUCGGAACAACUUUACACGUCGUCUGAUCGACUUUUACACUGUGCAUUUAUUCACUGAGUCUCACCCUACAGGCCAUCGCCAGGAAAGCCAAACUGAUAGGGGAUAAAUGAGAGCAAAACGCGGAAUCUAAUCUAGAUUUAUAGGCGCACGCGGGAAUCUGUCGAGGAAUCCGAUACGCACUCUGCUAAAGCGCUUUACAUGCAGCUCCUGGCCAUUGGAUCUCCCACAAUUCCCUGGGAAUUGCAAACCUGCUCCUGUGGGAUUUGAAGGCUUACUUACUCUCCGUAGCGGGGGCUGUGCCAUGGGGAUUCAUUGCUCCUUCUUCAUCUGCCUCUUCCUCGUUGCUGCUGUUGCAACAGAAGACGUACAAGCCUCAAUGCAAGCACAGAACAAAUCUCUGCCUCGUCUGAUUGGCUGCUAUUCCCGGGAACUCAUGACGUUCCGCUGUCACUGGGGUGUCGGAUCUUUCUGGAACCUGACGGGGCCGGGCGACCUAAGACUGUUCUACAUGCUGAAAGAAUCGAAGAGUGAUGGCAAAUGGCAUGAGUGCCCAAGUUACAGCACCGCAGUGGAAAAUGAGUGCUACUUUGAUGCCAACCAUACAAUUAUCUGGUUACAUUAUGCCAUCCAACUGCGCUCACGGACCAAUGAUGUUUAUGACGAAAUGUUCUUUUCAGUGGAAGAAAUUGUAUUUCCUGACCCACCUGAAGUGCUGAACUGGACUUUGUUGAGUUUGGGCUCAACUGGAUUAUUUUGUGACGUGAUGGUGAGCUGGGACAUGCCCCCCUCGGCGGCAGACAAUGUAAAGACGGGAUGGAUGACGCUUUGGUAUGAGACCCAGUACAGAGAGACGGGCUCAGAGCAGUGGAAAUCUCUCGACAGUGGUAAGGACACCCAGGUGAACAUCUAUGGCCUUCACAGCAACACAGAGUAUGAAGUCAGGGUGAGGUCCAAAAUGAGGGGCUACAACUUUGGGGAUUUUGGUGACUCCAUCUUCAUACUUGUUCCCAGCAAAGGCUCAAGAAUCCCCAUAACUACAGUGUUUAUCCUCAUGGCUGCUGCUAUUGGAAUCAUGCUGAUCCUGAUUGUGAUGUCACGUAAACAGAAGUUUAUGGUGAUUCUUCUGCCACCUGUUCCUGGACCGAAAAUCAAAGGAAUUGAUCCAGUCCUCCUACAGAAGGGCCAGCUAACUGAGUUCACCUCGGUCCUGGGUGCUCACCCAGAUCUGCGUCCAGAGCUCUAUAGUAAUGACCCAUGGGUGGAGUUCAUACAGGUGGACAUCGACGAACCGAUGGAGAUGAUGGACGGCUUGGACACACCACUCCUGUUCGGCGAAUCUCGUGUCUCUGACUCCCCUCCGACAUCCAGCGGGUUCCAGGAUGACGACUCAGGUCGGGCGAGCUGCUGUGACCCUGAUCUGUCUGAUCAUGAUCACCAAGAUGCUCAUCAUCCUUCAACUAGCGCCCAAGAUAGUUUUCACACUUUGAUACCUCCUGCUAAUUUGGGAGCUUUGCAACGUGUGGUUCCUCCUGCUCAGGAACCUGCAUGGCAGAAUUCCAUUUACUCUCAAGUGGCUGAAGUCAUGCCGUGUGGUGAGACACUGCUGUGCCCAGAGCAGGACGUGACUGAUGACUGCAGUAUUCAAGAUAAAGCUACUGAGUAUAAAGAGAAAAGGCCCUGGUUGAUGGUGACCCUCAAUGAAAGAGGUUACAGUGUUAACGAGCCAAGCUCAUCCACAGCAAACUCUGGGUCAGAAAGUAACAAUACUCCACAACAGAGUCAGAACGCCAUUGCAAAACCAGAGAUGACACCCAUUGCCUCGGCCUUUCCUAUCCUCACGAUGCCGACUCCUCCAGAAUACACUAUGGUGGAUGGAGUGGGCUGGAAAGAUAGCCUUCUUUUGAAGACAAACAGUGCAGCAGCUUCUACUCUUGCUGUGCCAAAAUCUGGACCCACUCCUGAGGGAUAUUGGACUCCCGACCUACUACACAGCAUUACUCCAAAUAAGUAGUGCCAGAAAUGUACUGAGGUGGGAUUUGGAGAAAGAAUGGAUGAGCACAUUGGACAUUGUUAGCCAACGCCAAACAAGACUGGGCUAAAAAGUUGGAAGCCAAGCAGAUUUCUCAUGGACUGGUCCUUACUAUAUUACAGAAACAUUUUAGCAAGACGGACUUGAACUGGAAUAAAUUUAUUAGAUGAAAUUACAAUGACCUAUUUUCUGAGCUGUAUAAAUAUUGCAAAUCAUAGUUGAUUACCGUGUACCAUUUUAAGGGCUGAUGCCUUACUCUAAUGGAAUUCUCUAACUAGGUGGAUUUGUAUAUCUUUUGUAUAAAAUCUUGUCAGUGGAUUAAUGAACUUUUACAUGAAGAACCUGCUAAUUUGUUUACAUACAGUGAGUCUGCUAUCUAACAGCAGUUUUAAAUAGCAAGCAUAAGCUAAUUUCUGCUGAAGUGCACUUGUAGAUUCAGAGCGUUGUCUCUAAACCUCAGCACACCAUGUAUCUGGGUUACAACUCAAAUGUCUCAUCUUUUUUGUGUUACUUUACCUGUUUGUGUUUCUUUUCUUUUCUGUUCUGUUCUGUUCUGUGCUGCUGUGCCUAAGCCAAACUGUAGCUAGCCAAGUUUAUAAAGGAAGUGUCAUAUUGAUAUAACUCUCUGCCUGGCUUGUUAAAAUGUACAUAAUAAAUGUAUAUAUUUUAAAUAAAAAAAAUGUAAGCAAUUAAAAUGAACAUUUAUACAUUUGUAUUGUAAUUUGCUAUCUGAGGUAAGCUCCUUUUGUCAUUCGAAUCGAUUCGAGAAUUUGGGAAUUGAUUCAAAGAGUCAAAACUUUGGAUUCGACUCUCAAUUCUUCAAUUAUAAAUGCAUGGGAAUCGAAGAGCCGACUCUUUUAUGAUUCAUCUGCCAGCUGCAAUUCAACCGUGAAUUUGCAAGUUAAACAAAAAAAAAAAUGAAGAAAACGGUUGUCGACCUCGAUAAACUACUUCAAGAUUUCAGUCUACUGGAGCAA